AUGGACGACGAACUCCUGUCCUUGGAUGGAUACACGUCACGGAGUGCGCUUUCAAGGGAAAGUUCUCGCUAUGACGGCGUAACAUUACUUGGAUUUGACCCAGAUUUACAAGGCGGGUGUCGAGUUUCCCGACCAGAAGUCGGGGUACCUACACCGGUUAAGUACGUCUUCUAUGUGCCGUUCUUCCAUGUGUCUAUCGUCCUGCUCUGUGAUGAUGUUGUUACAUCUAUUCAGGAGUGUACGUAUGACUCCAAGCUUUUGGGUUUUAUUGGAUGUCGGAAAACGACAGCCGUCCCGUAUCUCAAGGUCAGUUUUGCAGUUAAAAGUAAAAACUAUGUUCUGGUCCGCACCUUUCUGAAGACUUCACUCAAACAGGCGAGGAAAAAUCAGACGGUCAUCAUGUUAUUUAUCCUGCUGGUUAUCCUAAGCAUCGCAGGGUAUGGAGCGCCCGCCACAACGACAUCACCCCCCGGUACAACUUUGAGUCCGGCUGUGGAGAAAUUUAAGGCUCUUGUAAACACAGAGGUGACAGCACUCUGGAAUGGCGUUCAUCAUGAUACUGAUGGGAACCUGGAUCAGGGGGACCUGGAUGCUCUGUUUAAGGGUUAUGAUGAUGACGGAAACCAACAGAUAUCUCAGAGCGAGUUCCUGGCCCACUUCUCUCACAACCAACAGAACCUUGUAGUCAUAGCGCAAGGACUGUUCUAUGAACUAGACAUGGACAAUGACAAUGAGAUUACCAAAAGUGAUAUGCAGCGAUAUUACGAAAAGAUCGACAAAAAUGAUGACGGUUCUGUUGACCAGGCUGAGUUUGAAUCCUACUUCAAAGAUACGUUGACCCUCCUGUUUGUCCUGCAGUUUGAGAGUCAAAUGUCCACGACACCGGCCUCUACGUAAUCCUGUGAUUCAAUCAGAUUACCACAAACUCAUUACACACUGUGAACUAACAUCUACAAUAAAGUAGGAAAAAUGAAA